GCAAUUCGCGACGUGUCGCAAUGCCUCGAUUCUCGAUUCCUAGUUCCUAAUUCAGUCGCUUUCUGAUAUUACAACAACCAGUGACCACUCACAUUCAUUUGUUCAAUCAAAUCAAACGGCGCAGACAGAUGCAUAUCACAAACUUUUAGCGAUAACCGAAAAAGACAAACUUCCCAAAUAUCCGAGCUCGAUAACGAUCCAAUCCAUCUCGCUUAUUAUCACCAAUAUGUCAACCGCAUAGACUGAACUGCGUUUAUGUGUUGUCUAUCCCUGCACCGUCUUCGUCGGCCAUGGAAGCCUCUCCAUUGACCCAGCAAGCCCGACCUGAGACCUUCCAGCCCAAGGUCGUCCAGUUGUAUGAGGCGCUAUUCAAGGAUGAUGCCGAUCUAGAAGCCGACAAGCCCGAGGGCUUUUGGAGGGAGCUCUUCCUCUUGAACCCCGAUCAAGCCUCCCUGCAGAACAUACUAGCACGUCUUGGACCCGACGACCUCUUGACGUUACAGGCCCAAACCCAACAGCUCUUUUUGCGAGCUGUAGAGUGUCUUAAGAAGGGUGGUGAUGCGGCUGAACUACAUGCGCUCGAGACCCUAACGACAUUCUUCUCUGUCAUCCUCCCCAAGAAGUAUACGAACCCAAGCUCAGAUAUCAUUGCUAUCCUAGCGGGGCUGGAUCAAGUCGACGUAGUUUUCGCCGAUUUUGUUGGGGCUUUGGAUGGAAUUAUUCGCAAUGGCAAGACAAUGGAAGUUCGCCAAAGAGCUGUCGAAGUUGUUUUAUCCAUUACUUCGGGGGCAUAUCAGACUAGCCUUCUGACCUAUUUCAUACAACGGGAUCUUUUCCCUGCCAUAAUGAAGUUUAUCCAAGAAUCCGAUACCCCCUUCACCGUUAAAGGACCCUUUACGCUACUAGGUCUAUUAGCGAACUACAACAAGUUCGAGUUUCAGAACCCCUAUCAGUUGCGCCUCAAUGACUUCGUUAAUGAGGCAGCCAUCCAGAAGAUUAUCAAGUGUGUUGGACACACCUGCCGGACCUUAAGGGGCCAAUAUAUUGAUAUCUUACAAGACUUGCCUGAAGGAUGGUCCUUUGCUAACACCUUGAGCAUGAUCGGCCUCGGAGCUAUUGCCCCUGGUGCAAAGGCGAACCAAAAGCCCACGUACGACCCUGAAGUGGCCAAGCAGAUGUUCGCAAAACUGCCAGGCGAGGAUGCUGCUGUGUUGCUAGGGACGUACGACUUUAGCCACGCCAACAAACUUUUUUGCUUCAAUCUUGUCACGUUGCGAGCCGAGAAGGGCGAAGAGCAACCGAUUUCUAGUUUCCUAUCAUUAACUUCUUACCUCCUCCAACACGCGUUUUUGUCUACCCGGACCACCAACUACGCGCAUCUCAGUCUGAUGGUCUUCCGGCUGCUCAUUGAAGAUCAGCUUCUGUGUAAACGGAUAUGCAGCGAUGAGAGUAAAGUCGCGGUACGACUCUGUCGUCAACGCCAACCGUUUCUACCGGCUGCCCGAGGAGAUCGUAUCUUGGCAACGAGUGUUCUAGAUACCAUGAUUGAUGGCAUCAAUCACAACUUGCGGCGUAGGUUGGAUGUCAGCCUCUAUACCCUCUGCGUUGGCAUCAUGCUACGCAUCAUCUCGUACCUGUCCCGGUCACGAACACGAUUACAGUAUCACUGGUCUGAGCUGUUUCGCUCACUGUUGUCCCUCAUCCGCUUCCUCACGACCUAUGCGCCAGACCUCAAAGGCCUAUCUCACUUCGAUACCCUUCUAGAUCUCGUCGUAAACCUAUUAGCUCUUUCUCUUUCUGCCGGCGAGGCAUUUCUCCCCACACCUGCCGCCUACGACGACCUCUUCUACAAAGUUGUAGAAAGCGGCGAAGUCUUGAUAAAAUUCCGUGAUACUUACGGUCUAUCAAGCCGGCCAUCAAAUUCUAUAGGUACACUCGUCAGUGUGAGCACUCAUUACAAAGCAAUGCUCGACUCUGGUGGCUCCAAGAGGAACCUUACUAGCACUGAGGUAGCGGAGAUAAUUAAGCAGGGCUAUGAGACAUUGAGUAUUCAGGCGAAGGAGGGACUUGACGGUUGGGAAAGAUAUCGUGAAGCGGAUGAAAGAACGCUUCUUAAGAAGAUGGCGCGGGCAACGGUGGCAGAUGUUCAGCUCAUUGUCCAAGCUUAGGGAAGUAUGAAAUGGUUCAGCUACCUAAGCAUGACUUUAUUACUCAGGAGUCUUUCUGUGUAAGAAUACAAAAAUACGAAUAAAUAACCCCGUCUAUGAGACACGGGCGGGAUGCCGUAAGACUUACUUUAGGAACACCCACCAAAAGGUGAGAAUCAGGCCGAUUUAGAUGAGGAAACAAAUCAAAUUUCAUUUUAGAUUAAAUUUGGGACUAGACCUUUAUUCAACGCCUCAAGCUUUAGCUCUUG